AUGAAGCCAAAGUACGAUCUCGAGGAUUACAUCUACGAUGUCGAGUCGCGGUCGUUGGAACCUUCCGCCGACCCGGAAGAUGUCUACGCACAGCUACAACAGAAGGAAAAGGACUUGAUCCUCGCCGCUGAACUGGGGAAGGCCUUACUUGAGAAGAAUGAGGAACUGAGCAGACAGAAUGAGCGGCUUGCCGAGGACUAUUCGCAGAAAUUAGAGACAAGAAUCUCUGGAGUAUUCGCGAUUACGUUGGAAUUGCAUUUCAGAAUUCAUUGGAGCUGA